AUGACUUCCCGCUGCGCGAUGGCCCUCUUCGUCGCCCUGCUCGCCACGCCCGGCCUCGGUUCCAGGCUGCUGGCUCAGCGCACGUGCUCCGUCCAGGGCAAGGGCGUCACUGCAGACAUUACGACCUCGCCCACGUCGGUCCCAGCGUUAGGGUCGGAGUCGAGCUGGACGUUCGCGGGCGCUGGGAAGUUGAAGAUUGCGCACGCGGCCUGUCCCAUCUCAUCGAACGACCCCAUGCCAGCCGCAGCUGAGACGAUCACCAGCGGCGGGGCCAGCGAUCCGAAGGACUUCGCAUGCCCUAAGGAUACGGCGUGCUGCAUCACCUACUGCUGCGGCACGGGGGACUGCUUCAGCACCUUCCUGCUGAAGAACAGCACGACCGUGAGCGCCAGCUCCAAGCGCAUCUGCCUCUCCUCGGAGCUCUACACGCGGACCACGACCCAGGCGACGAACGCCAGCGCCGAGGUCGGCAUGACCUCGUGGGCGGAGGAGACGACUGCGGCAGGCACGUGCAUCACGGGCCUCGGCGGGGGCAGUGGGCUGGCGGAGUUCAAGCUCUGCGGCCCAGCGACGCUGGAGCUGUCGACGGGCAUGAACUGUGACGGCCCCGACGAGACGGUGGUGCACGACACGGACAAGUCCGCCGCCGAUUGCACCGUCGUCCAGAAGCCCACGGGCGGGUACUGGAACAGCUACAAGUACACCUGCGUGGCGGGCCUCGAGCGCUGA